AAUUUUCCAAAAUCUUUUCCCCAGAGAGAAACUCGAGACUCUUUUCUGAGUGUUUUCUCUCUCUAGUCUCUCUUUUUCAGACGGAAAACACGGAUUUGAACAGAGGGGAAAUUAAAAAUGGGGAUUCCGGCGAGAAGAAGAGAAGUAGGCGGAGGAGUGGCGGCGGCGGAUAUGCUGAGCGAGAAAGCAGCACAAAUGAGGGAGGCACUGGUGAAGAGCCAGUCCAUCACAGACAACAUGGUGUCAAUUUUGGGCUCCUUUGACCACCGUCUUUCCGCCCUUGAAACCGCCAUGCGCCCCACCCAAAUUAGAACACAUGCCAUUCGGAGAGCUCAUGAAAACAUUGAUAAAACUCUGAAGGCUGCUGAUGUCAUAUUGUCACAAUUUGAUCUUUCUCGCCAGGCUGAGGCAAAAAUACUUAAAGGGCCACAUGAAGAUCUAGAGAGUUACCUUCAAGCAAUUGAUCAACUAAGGAACAAUAUUCAUUUUUUCAGCAGCAACAAAAGUUUCAAGAGUAGUGAUGGAGUGCUCAACCACACAAAUAGUUUACUUACCAAGGCUAUAUCUAAGCUUGAAGAGGAGUUCAGACAACUCUUGUUAUCUUAUAGCAAACCGGUUGAACCUGAACGACUUUUUGAGUGCCUCCCCAAUUCCAUGCGACCAUCAGGAUCACCUGGAGAUUCUGGCGGCAAGAUUGCAUCAUCAAAUAGUCACUCUGAUCAUCAAAACAAUACCACAGAAAAUUCAAUUUAUACUACGCCGACUCUUAUUCCACCUCGAAUUUUGCCUUUGCUGCAUGAUUUAGCACAACAGAUGGUUCAAGCUGGGAAUAAACAGCAAUUACAAAAAAUAUACAGGGAUGCCCGCUCUUCAGUUUUAGAUGAAAGCCUUCGUAAAUUGGGGGUGGAAAAGCUCAGCAAAGAAGAUGUUCAAAAGAUGCAAUGGGAUGUUUUGGAAGCUAAGAUUGGGAAUUGGAUCCAUUUUAUGCGUAUUGCUGUCAAGUUGCUCUUUGCUGGAGAACGCAAAGUUUGUGAUCAAAUUUUCGAGGGUUUCGAUCCUCUCAUGGAUCAAUGUUUUGCUGAAGUUACUACCGGCAGUGUUGCAGUGCUACUUAGCUUUGGAGAUGCUAUUGCGAAAAGCAAAAGAUCCCCUGAAAAGCUAUUUGUGCUUUUAGAUAUGUAUGAAAUCAUGAGAGAACUUCACUCAGAGAUAGAAGCACUUUUUAGAGGUAAAGCUUGCAAUGAAAUUAGGGAAUCUGCGCAAGGGUUGACCAAAAGGCUUGCUCUAACGGCAAAAGAGACUUUUGGCGACUUUGAAGAAGCGGUGGAAAAGGAUGCUACUAAAACUUCUGUUGCUGAUGGGACUGUCCAUCCUCUGACAAGCUAUGUGAUAAACUAUGUGAAAUUCUUGUUUGACUACCAAUCAACAUUGAAGCAACUUUUCCAAGAAUUUGAAACUGGGGAUGACUCAAAUUCUCAGCUAGCUGCUGUUACAAUGCGAAUCAUGCAGGCUCUUCAAACCAAUUUGGACGGGAAAUCGAAGCAAUAUAGAGAUCCUUCUCUCACUCAUUUGUUUCUUAUGAACAACAUUCAUUACAUGGUCAGAUCGGUUCGCAGGUCUGAAGCCAAAGAUUUGUUAGGGGAUGACUGGGUUCAGAGACAUCGGAGAGUUGUGCAGCAACACGCAAACCAAUAUAAGAGGAUUGCUUGGGCAAAGAUCCUGCAAUGCCUCUCUGUUCAAGGGCUGACAUCAUCUGGAGGUGGAAGUUCUAUUAAUGCUGAUGGAGGAAAUAGCAGUGGAGUUUCUCGAGCAAUCAUCAAAGACAGAUUGAAGACAUUCAAUAUCCAAUUCGAAGAUCUUCAUCAAAGACAAUCUCAAUGGACCGUUCCCGAUACAGAGCUUCGGGAAUCUCUGAGGCUCGCUGUAGCUGAAGUGAUGCUUCCAGCUUACCGAUCUUUCAUUAAACGGUUUGGGCCUUUGGUCGAGAAUGGUAAGAAUCCACAGAAGUACAUUAGGUUCACGCCAGAAGAUCUCGAACAUAUGCUCGGUGAAUUUUUCGAAGGGAAGACCUUGAACGAGCCCAAGCGUUGAUAUUUCGAUGAAACUAUAUAAAUUGUUUGUCCCCCUUUUAAUUUGUGUAUUAGUGUUAAUAAAAGAAUGUAGACUUUAUUUAUCUUGAUAGAGCAUUUUUUUUUGGCUUGUAAAAUGUCAAUAAUAUGUAUGGAUUCUUGUUGUACAUCUAUUUAUCAAGGAUUUGCAAAUUUGUGUAUUAAUAUUGUAUAAAUUGGAUUAGAA